UGUAAGGGACACAACUCGUAUUGUCUUGUUAAAGCAUGCAGUCAUGAGUUACUUGUAUUGAGAUUUAUAUAUAUAUGUGAAUCUAUGAAUAAAGCCAGUUGUGAGUUACCCACCGACGAGUUCAGAGUUAUUACAUGGUGUCAGAAAUCUAUUAAAAAUCGGCGCAAUCAGGCGAUUGCAUGACAAUCGUACGUUGCAAAUCUGUUGUUAAAGGUUCAUUUUAUACAACAGCGAAAUGGCUUCGAAGGGAAUCAGGCCAUUACCGGAAUUUAACCCGUCAGAAAGUGCAUCAAGUUGGGAAGACUACAAACGGGACUUCAUAAUUCAUUUGGACGCGCUAGGUCUGGACGACAAGCCUGGAAAAAGAAAGGUUGGUGUCCUACUUGCCAACAUGGGGAGAGAGUGCGUAAAAAUUUACGAUUCGUUCGCGUGGGCGCCGGAAGUUGUUGCCAAUCAGGAUGCUGGAAUCGCGGCAGUGCCAGCCGAGGAUAAAUACCAUCUAGAAACAGUUUUCACAAAAUUUGACAGACAUUUCGGAGUGCAUAAUUACCGUAACAUUAAAAGACAAGAGUUCCUCAACACAAAGCGUGGUAACCUGUCAAUAAUGGAUUACAUUUCGGAAUUAAAAAGAAAGGCCGAACACUGUCAAUAUGGGGAACAAAAAGAAGGGUUAAUAUGUGACAUGAUCAUUAAUGGCGUGAAUGACACAAAGUGUAGUGAAAAGCUAAUGGAGAUACCGGUUACACAACUAACCAUCGAACGUGUCGUGCAGGUUUGUAGGCAAAUAGAAUUGACCGCGUCUCACAUCAAAUCACUGGGCGAAAGCCCUCACGUAAACAUCGCUAGAACGCAUCAAAACCCUCAUAAGCAACAAAAAUACUGUGCCAAGUGUUGCAGAAAACAUGAAGUAAGGAAAUGUCCCGCCUAUCAAAAACAGUGUGACAAUUGCGGUGAGUUUGGCCAUUUCAAGGCAUCCAAAUUAUGUCCUGCAGUCGGUGGGACAUCGCAUCAACAAAAGGGGAUAUCACACAGAGGGGCACGUGGCUAUGGACGCAUAAACUUGCUUGGAAGGGAUGAUUCAGUUGAUUUUGGGCUGAUCAUGAGAAUACACACCGCAAGACUUGAAACAGAAUCUAUCAUUGAGAAAUAUAGUGACGUCCUUGGGGAAGAGAUUGGGUGUAUACCGGGCGAGUACGAGAUUAAAAUCGAUAAGUCAAUAGAACCAGUAGUUCAUGCACCAAGACCGGUUCCAGUCGCGAUUCGUGAACAAUUGCAAGCUGAACUAAAACACUUAGAGAAAUGCAACAUUAUUGCUAAAGUAACAGAACCUACGCAAUGGGUCAGUAGUUUGGUGUGCGUAAGGAAGAAAAACGGAAGAGUGCGAAUAUGCAUUGACCCCACAGAUUUAAACCGCGCAAUCCGAAGAGAACAUUACCCAAUGAACAGUUUUGAUGAUGUUGCCACAAGAUUGAAUGGGAGUAAAUACUUUACAACGCUAGACGCGAAUAUGGGUUAUUACCAAAUAAAAUUAACUGAAGAGAGCUCGAAGCUCACAGCGUUUAAUACUCCGUUCGGCAGGUACCGAUACCUGCGGAUGCCGAUGGGCGUGAAGUGUUCGAGUGAAGUGUUCCAACGGUCCAUGGAACAGAACUUUGGUAACAUUGACGGGGUAGAAAUAAUUGUUGACGACAUUUUGAUUCAUGGUAGAACACUGGAAGAACAUAACAGGCGCUUGGAAACGGUGCUUCAAAAGGCACGUUCAAUUAAUCUGAAGAUGAAUAAGAAAAAGUGUAUGUUUGCCAAGCCGGAGGUGGACUAUGUAGGUCACAAACUGACUGGAGACGGAAUUAAACCGACAGAUCAAAGAGUGAAGGCGAUAGCAGACAUGAGAGAGCCAGAAAGCUUCAGUGAGCUGGAAACCGUGUUAGGCAUGCUAUCGUAUGUGUCUAAGUUCAUCCCAAAUCUCAGUGAGUUGAAUGCACCACUGCGCGAUAUGAAAAGGCUAGAAACGUGGAGCUGGGGUGACGAAGCGAAGCGCGCGUUCAAUAAAAUAAAAGAAGCUCUUGUUUCAACAAAAGUACUUCAGUACUACGACUUGAAAAAACCUGUCACACUCACAGUAGACGCAUCAAUGAGAGGCCUGGGAGCCGCGAUAAUCCAACAGGACCGUGUUGUGGCAUAUGCGUCACGUGCGCUCACACCGACAGAGCAACGGUACGCUCAGAUCGAAAAAGAAAUGCUAGCCGUUGUAUAUGGCUGUGAAAAAUUCCACAAACUGCUAUAUGGCCGAGAUACUUUCCUAGUGGAAUCUGAUCACAAACCGUUGGAGUCGAUUCUAAAGAAAGAAAUACAUAAAGCUCCGCUAAGGAUUCAACGAAUGAUUUUGAAGCUUCAACCGUAUGACUUCAACCUCGUGCACAAAAGCGGCAAGGACAUGGGUCUAGCAGACUGCCUCAGCAGAUUACCGUUAGAAAAUCAUUAUGAGAAAACUAUCGAUGAAGAGUUGAUGGUUUUGAAGCUCGACACGCUGUCGUGUUCAAACCAUGACAAAAUUGCACGCGCAACGCAAGCGGAUGAACAAUUCCAAGUACUGGCAAAGGUUAUCAUUCGAGGAUGGCCAGAAACGAAGUGCGAAGUUCCAGUUGAAGCCGUUCCAUUUUGGGAUUACCGCGAUGAAAUAUCAAUUUACAAUGGAGUUCUGUACCGAGGGGAACGCGUGUGUAUCCCGAAAGAAAUGAGAACAGAAACGUUGAAAGCGAUACAUAAGUCGCAUUUAGGGGUAGUAAACUGUAAAAAGAGGGCGAGAGAGUUAGUAUUUUGGCCCGGCAUGAACAAACAAAUUGAAGAUCUUAUUGGCAAGUGUAGUGCGUGUUUAAUGCAUCGCAAGAUGAGCCAAAAGGAGCCAAUGAUCAUCCAACCAGUACCUGAGCUACCCUGGAGCAAAGUUGGAAUGGACUUAUGCGAACUAGAGGGUAACAAUUACCUAAUCAUUGUAGACUUCUUCUCCAACUUCAUUGAAGUAGCACCAUUGCAAAGAGACACUCGAACGAGCACCAUCUUAAAACACAUCAAGCAAAACGUGGCUCGUUAUGGAAUCAUGGACUCAAUCAUCUCGGACAACGGUCCACAGUUCACCAGUGCUGAAUUCCGAGAAUUCAUCGAAAAAUAUGGCAUCACCCAUAUUACGUCGUCGCCUUUGCACCAACAAACAAACGGCCUUGCUGAAAAGGCUGUACAAACCGUUAAAAAUCUAAUUAAAAAGUGUAGCGAAACAGGGGACGACAUCUACUUAGCCCUGUUAGAACUAAGAAACACACCACGCGAUAACAUCGGAUCACCGAUGCAACGUUUGAUGGGUCGACGCGCAAAAACACUAAUACCUAUGAAACAAACAUUGCGACAACCAGAAGCAACCAAUGAAAAUGUCGCACCGAAGUUGUUAGAAUUUCGUGAAAAGCAAAAAUUCUACUACGACCAACACGCGAAGAGCAAGGACAAUCUUCAGCCAGGGGACGCAGUAAGAAUUAAAACCCCAUCUGGUUGGAAACCGGCAGAGUAUGUGAAACCGUCCGAAUACCCACGAUCACAUAUCGUUAAGGCAGGCGAAUCGGGGCGCGAAUAUCGCCGAAACACGGACAUGCUAAUGAAAACAAAGGAAAGACCACACAUUAUCACCACAAACAAUGACGUGUACAUACCGGCACCCACAGCGCCAACAGAGACGGUAGCAGAACAACCAUCAACGACUCCAAAUCACGAAAACAGUGCUAGUGCGAGAUCGAGCGAAACUCGAGACAAACCGGGGAAAGAGAGUGUACAAGACACUGUUAGAAAGAAAACGAGGUCAGGAAGAGAAGUUCACAAACCGAUACGGUUAAAUGACUAUGUGUAAGAUGUGAAGUGCAAAACAUGUGUCAUAUGACUGCCUUAUUGUAGUGCAAAAUAAACUUAUUAAUAAACUGUUUAAUAACUAUCAUUCGGUAAUAUUGGUAUUUGUAUAAGUAAGAUGUAUUGUGGUGGUAAAUGCAUAAUGUUCUUGAAACUGUACUAUCAUAACGAGUAAGGAACAGUUUGUACAUAUUUAUUUUUAUCAUAUCAAACUCUUGGUUAAGGUUUAAAGAUUCAGUGCCUUUAGCGCUUUGAUUUUUCUUCUAACAACUAAAUGUUCAUGAAAUUUUCUUCUCACAAAAAUCCAAUAUUAAUUAUUUUUGGGUGUAUCUACUUUCUAGCUUGUUUUCGGUGUUAUUACAGUCUGUUAUCAUUUCCUAGCUGAAACCCGACAUUUACUGUAUCUGGCAUUUGUCAUUUUGUCCUGAACAAGCUUGAAUCCGAGAUAACAGAGACAAUUUUUUGGAAAGUUAGCAAACAUGUAUUUUAGUGAAUAAUUUUGUCUUACAUGUUGUUUUAUUGUUAAUUUGAUUUUAUGAAGUUCAAUUGCAUAUUUAAUUUAUAAGAAGUUCUUCAUUACUUAGAGUGCAUUUUAUUCAUAUAGAAUAUUCUAUUUUCAAUAACAAUUUAACACUCAGAGGUUUAAAAGAAAUUCCCACUAUGGUUUUAUAAAAAGAACAGUUUAUAAUGUGUUACUACAGGUUAUGUUAUUUGCUUUCUUUCAUAAACCUCUUCGCAUAUGUAACGAUAGAGUAGUUGGUGUAUCAUGUGUUUAUAUUUUUUUAAAAAAAGAAAGAAAAGGGGAUGUCAUGUAUUGUAAUGUAAGGGACACAACUCGUAUUGUCUUGUUAAAGCAUGCAGUCAUGAGUUACUUGUAUUGAGAUUUAUAUAUAUAUGUGAAUCUAUGAAUAAAGCCAGUUGUGAGUUACCCAC